GUGAACUCCCCGAUGCUCAGGUGGACCCUGAGGACGGGCACCAGCGCUCCAGCACCGGAUCCAGGACCUGGCACCCCGUAGAACAGCGGGGCUGUCCCCCUCCUCCCCGACCGCGUCCGGGCGCGCAGCCCCCCGCGAGCGCCCAUCACCCUGGACCCUGGCGCCGAGCCCUGGCGUCGCCAUCCGGAGGCCGAGACUCGCUCCUGGAGUCCCCCAGGGGAGAUGGAGCCGCCUCAGUGUGUGGAGGAGCUGGAGGACGAUGUGUUCCAAGCAGAAGACGGGGAGCCAGGGACCCAGCCGGGGAGCCUGCUCUCUGCUACCCUGUUUGCCCAGAGUCAGCUGGACUGCCCCCUCAGCCGGCUUCAGCUCUUCCCUCUCACCCACUGCUGUGGCCCAGGACUUCGACCCACCAGCCAGGAAGACAAGGCCACUCAGACCCUCAGCCCGGCCUCCCCCAGCCAGGGUGUCAUGCUGCCCUGUGGGGUGACUGAAGAGCCCCAGCGACUCUUUUAUGGCAGUGCUGGCUACCGGCUCCCACUCCCUGCCGGUUUCCCCGCAGCCCAGCAGCCCCCCGAAGGCCACCGCGUGGAGGUGCAGAUCGCCCGGAAGCUGCAGUGCAUCGCCGAUCAGUUCCAUCGGCUUCAUACGCAGCGGACCGAGUGGGAUGAGACGGUUUGCUUCGUGUAACCCAAGUGCACUGCAUCCCACAGCCUGCUCUUGGAUUACGAAAGCCUCUUAGGAGUUGGCCUGUUGCAUACAGGACAUCCUGCAGCCUGGCCAGAUCUCAGCUGCUCUUGGCCCUGGACAAGUGGGUCGUGGCACAGGGCUGCCUGGUCUUCAGUCAGCCACACAUGCCCCGGUGGCCACCGACUGUGUCCUCUCCACUCUCAUCUGUAUCAGAUGACUGGCCAAGCAUUCAGAGCCCCCUGCGCACAGUGGGGAUUUAAACACCUGUCCGGCGCACCUGUCUCCCCUAACCACGGCGGGAAAGAGAGGCUGGAGGGAGGAUUGGGGCGGCUCUGUUGCUGCUGGCACCAACCCAGCCUCUGCAGAUGCUUCAUUUCUGCCGUUAGGGCUCCUGCCUUGGGCACUUUCUAUGCGUUCCCUCUGUUUCUG